GUUACACUUUCUCAACGACUCAACCUUUAUUCAGCCCUGUCCCAACUCCAAUAAGUUCUAACGCCGCAAGCAAUUACGACUGCCUAAGGACCCAUUUGAUUUGUUCCUACAAAACUUUAAAGCUGUUCCCAUCUUCUUCAUACAUAUUAUCAUAUAUCAAUUAGCUAGCUGCAUUUCAAAAAAGAAAAGGGAAAUGAUGAACAAAAAUCAACAGAACUUGUUGUCAAAGAUGGCAACUGGCAAUGGUCAUGGCGAAAAUUCUCCAUACUUUGAUGGAUGGAAGGCUUUUGAGGAUAAUCCAUUUCAUCCUACUGAUAAUCCUCAUGGGGUUAUCCAAAUGGGCCUAGCAGAAAAUCAGCUUUCUUUUGAUUUGGUAGAAGAGUGGCUAAUGAAAAACCCAGAAGCCUCCAUUUGCACACCUGGAGGAGUAAAUGACUUCCGGGACAUAGCUAUCUUUCAGGAUUAUCAUGGCUUGACAAAGUUCAGAAAUGCUGUGGCCAAUUUUAUGGAGAAAGUAAGAGGAAACAGAGUGAGAUUCGACCCAGACCGCAUUGUUAUGAGUGGAGGAGCAACCGGAGCUCAUGAGAUGACUGUCUUUUGUUUGGCUGACCCUGGGGAUGCAUUUCUAGUACCUACUCCUUAUUAUCCAGGUUUUGAUAGAGAUUUGAGAUGGAGAACAGGAGCACAACUUGUUCCAGUUGUAUGUGAACGCUCUAACGAUUUCAAGGUGACAAGAGAAGCAUUGGAAGCUGCCUAUAAGAGUGCUCAAGAGGCCAACAUUAGAGUAAAGGGGUUGCUCAUUACCAAUCCAUCAAACCCGCUAGGCACUAUCUUAGACAGAGAGACACUAAGAAUGGUAGUGAGCUUCAUAAAUGAAAAGAGCAUCCACUUAGUCUGUGAUGAAAUAUAUGCUGCCACUGUCUUUACUCAGCCUGGUUUCAUUAGCAUAGCUGAGAUAAUACAGGAGAAAGAAAUCGAAUGCAAUCAUGAUCUAAUCCACAUUGUUUAUAGUCUGUCAAAAGACUUGGGAUUCCCUGGCUUUAGGGUCGGCAUUGUCUAUUCCUACAAUGAUGCAGUAGUGAGCUGUUGUCGAAAAAUGUCAAGUUUUGGACUAGUUUCCUCACAAACUCAACAUCUAAUUGCAUCAAUGCUAUCGGAUGAUGAGUUUGUCAAUAAAUUUAUUGCAAUGAGUGCUAAUAGGUUGGCAACAAGGCAUAAGGUGUUCACUACAGGUCUUGCUAAAGUAGGCAUUAGUUGUUUGCAAAGCAAUGCUGGCCUCUUUGUGUGGAUGGAUUUGCAUCACCUCCUCAAAGAACAGACAUUUGAAGCAGAGAUGGCACUAUGGAAAGUGAUAAUAGAUGAAGUUAAGCUCAAUGUUUCUCCUGGUUCUUCUUUUCAUUGCUCAGCACCAGGGUGGUUCAGGGUUUGCUUUGCCAACAUGGAUGACCAGACUAUGGAUGUAGCUUUAACAAGAAUUGAAAGCUUUGCGGUUCAAAACAAUGAGACCCGUACCACAGUGCCUAUGAAGAGACAGUGUUGGAAAAAGCCACAAAACAACCUAAGACUCAGCUUCAAAUCAAGAAGAAUGGAUGACAUCAUGAUGCCACAGUGCUUAAUGUCACCUCACUCCCCUUUAGCCCAAUCACCACUUGUUCGAGCAAGGAACUAGGGAAAAAGAAAAACAGUUAACUUUGCAAACGCCGAAAGAUUCUUUAAUUUCUUAAUUGCAGGCUAAUUACAUAAAGAAUUAUACCUUCGAAAUUUGAUGUAUAAUUUCUUGAGUGCAUUUUUUACUUUUUUUUUUCACAUUCAUAUGGUGGCCAAAAAAAGUCUAUAAUUUAUAAUUCAUUUAAGUUGUUGAUUACAAUAGUGUGUUAAAUUGUUAUAGUUUUUUGCACAAAUUUUAGAAUAAUGUGGAUUUGUAACCUCUUCGGGACAAGUUGGAUCAUAUUGGUGUAUAUCAAUGUCACGAAAAAGAUGUCUUGCCAAUAAAAUUGUGCAUCAUACAACUCCUGAAAAUUUUGUAAUUGCUCAGUGAUAAAGCCCUUAUAAAGUUGUGGACAAGACU